UGGUCUCGUUUAAAUGCCUGCGGGCCAAAAAGACUUACAAUACACCUUUCAAAACACUUUAUUUUGUUUGGUUUAUCGUGAUGUGGGCCCAGGUUCCCACAAGGGUUCCCCGGCUGGUGGCGAAAAUGGCGUGAUGACUGCAAUAUAUUCUGGAGCGGCUGUGGCCGGUGUUCUACUCAUUGUUGGAAUCAUCGUGAUCAUUGUUCUCUGGAGACGUAGAAGGCCUUCAAGUCCCGAUAACGGCGCAGUAGGGAGGCAGAGGACAUACGGAGAUGAAAGAAAUGCUGAUGACAAUGAAAUAGAAUUAAAAGAUCUUCAGUCAAGUCUACCUGAUCCAAGCAAACUCACUCAGCCUCCUGGAGAAUACAUGGAUCUCAUAGAGGCUGGCAGAGAUAACAGAAAAGCACCAAGUGCCGCUGCAGUUGAUUACGCGCCUUUUCGUCCAUUGACACGGUCUUGGGAAGUUCCAAGAGAUCACGUGACCGUAGAAAAAAUCAUUGGUAAAGGUGCUUUUGGUCAGGUUGCUAAAGGAACAGCGGUUGAACUUCGAGGAAGGCCUGAGGCGACUACAGUGGCCAUCAAAAUGCUUAAAUCUAACGCCACAGAGUCUGACAAGCGAGAUAUGAUGAAAGAACUCGAAACAAUGAAGCAGCUGAAUCCUCAUCCACAUGUCAUUAAGCUUCUGGGAUGUGUUACGGAAUCUG